AUGAUUUGAAAAUAGAAUGGCAGACUCGUUUAAUAAUAAUUGUCUUGGUAAUCGUUCGUUUAUUUAUGUCCCGACCUCCUCAGAGAAGCGUGCUGGUGUAGUUGUUCACUUCACAAAAUUUUACCGGCUAAACUUUACACCUAACUGAAAUCUAUCUCUAUCAAAAUGGUGGACGCAUUUUUGGGAAAAAAAUAUAAACUGGAAUCCAGUGAAAACUUCGAUGAAUUUAUGAAAGAGUUAGGUGUGGGUCUGGUAACUCGCAAAGUGGGCAACGCAGUCUCCCCAGUAGUGGAAUUGAACAAAGAUGGUGAAGACUACGUUUUAACAUCAAACUCUACCUUCAAAAAUGUGGUCUUGAAGUUCAAACCUGGUGUGGAGUUCGACCAGGAGACUCCAGAUGGUAGAAAAGUUAAGGCUACCAUCACAGUCGAUGGUAACACACUGAAAGAGGUACAAAAAGGAGCCGAUGGUAAACUCACCACCAUUGACCGGACCUUCAGCGACGAUGAAAUCAAGAUGAUAAUGACAGUAGGAGACAUUACUGCCACAAGAAUCUACAAACUCCAAGCGUAAAAAAGAUGUUGUGUUUAUUCUAAAUAAUAUUUGAAGCUGUUAUAUUAUUUUUCUAUUUUUUUUAUUAGUUAUUUAACGUUAAAAACGUACUGAUUUUAUAUGCAUUCAAAGUAUAUAACUAAGUGAGAAAAAAUGAUAAUUUUGUACUCGCUAGAUUAGAAGAGUUAUGGAGAUUUUUUUUUGUAAUUUGAAAUAUUAAUAAAUUUCGUUCAUUUUG